UCUCUCUCCCCGCCCCAGUCCUUCCCGCCUGCACAGCUCCCAGACUCGCCCGCGGCCCCGAAGCUGCUCGGCCUCCUUUCUAGCCCGCUUUCCAGCCUCGCAAGGUUCUUCUCUCACCUUCUCCGACGACCCCCUCCCGAGGCUCCCCGGAGGCGCCUGGACUUCUCCCUCCUGCUUCCCGCCCUGCCGGCCGCCCGGCUCUCGCGGGGGCAGGAGGAGCUGCCGGGCCGCCUCUCGCUCCUGCUCGGGGCGGCGCUGGCACUGCCCGGCCGACCCUCGGGGGGUCGUCCGCUGAGGCCUCCCCAUCCGGUCGCCAAGCCCAAGGAAGAAGACGCCACCGCUGGGCAGAGCUCGCCCAUGCCGGUGAGUAUCGUUGUCUCCACUACGCCCCACACCCAGCCUUCCCAGGACACCAGCCUCUCCCGAUUCUUCCUAACCCCGACUGAUCCGCUCCGCCGGGGCCAACAGCAGGGAGGGUGGCAAGGCUGGGAAGGCCGGGACGUGGCUGGGCAAGUCCUAGGACGAGACACUGGCGGCUCCCGAGACACCGCCCCUCCCCGCGGGAAGACACUCCAAGCUACUUUUUCCUGGGCCAUUUCUUUCCUGGGUCCAAGAAAACGGGAGGGAGCCCUCGCUCUUCCCCGAGGCUGCCUUUCAAACUCUCGGCGUGUCGCUCUCCUCCCCCUACUCCGAGCCUCCCCCAGACGCGCCUCCGCCGGCUCCCAGCGCUCGCUCUCCCACUCCCCUGCCCUCUCGGCAGGCAAGGGAGGAAAUGACGUGAUGUCAUUUUUGUGUCAGCCGAUGGGAUCAGAGCGGAUGGAGAUGCGGAAGCGGCAGAUGCCCGCCGCCCAGGACGCACCAGGCGCCGCCCCAGGCCAGCCCGGAGCGGGGAGUCGCGGGUCCAACGCAUGCUGCUUCUGCUGGUGCUGCUGUUGUAGCUGCUCGUGUCUCACUGUUAGAAACCAGGAAGAUCAGAGGCCCACAAUAGCUUCCCACGAACUCAGAGCAGAUCUUCCAACCUGGGAAGAAAGCCCUGCUCCUACUCUGGAAGAAGUCAAUGCCUGGGCUCAGUCAUUCGACAAACUAAUGGUCACUCCAGCAGGAAGGAAUGCAUUCCGUGAAUUCCUCCGAACAGAAUUCAGUGAAGAAAAUAUGCUCUUCUGGAUGGCCUGUGAGGAGCUGAAAAAGGAAGCUAAUAAAAACAUUAUUGAAGAGAAAGCAAGGAUAAUCUAUGAAGACUACAUUUCUAUACUUUCUCCUAAGGAGGUGAGCUUAGACUCCCGGGUGAGAGAAGUGAUCAACAGAAACAUGGUGGAGCCAUCCCAAGACAUAUUCGAUGAUGCUCAACUUCAGAUUUACACCCUGAUGCACAGAGACUCAUAUCCUCGAUUCAUGAACUCUGCUGUCUAUAAGGACUUGCUUCAGUCCUUAUCGGAGAAAUCCAUUGAAGCAUAGGAUUUUUCAAAUAUAUUUAUUAUUAAUAAAAUAAUAAAAGAACUCAUGGGCUACAUCUAGCACAGGGAAUUUAGAGGUUGUAGCAUCUUCUGCUGGAGUAAUACUCAGGCUAUUCUAAUAACAGAUGAUUCCUUCAACAGACUGCUAUAUAUUCACCAUGUAAACUGCAGCCACCUUUAGUGAUACUUUUGAAAAAAAAAUAAAGGGAUAUGGCUGUUGUAGAAAGAUAGCGUAUUUGCAUUUACAAUAACAGUAGCAUGUUGUCAGUGGCGAAGGCUACACACAGAAGGCUCCCUGCUGCCCGGAGCAGGUACAUCCACCAGAGCAAAGAGAACCACUUUUAUUUUGCAUGAGUUUGGUAACUGAUUACUCUCCCCUCAAAGACAAGACAUUCAGGUGUUUCUCAACGACAUCUUCCGUCCAUCAAACUCGGUUUGAAUACGUCACUUACCAGUGCCAUUACAAGACCCAAAUUCACAGUUCAUAAAAGAUGUGACCACUACAUGUAAAAAUAGCAUUCUACUCGAUCUUACAGUAUGUAUGUAUGGAGACAUAUGUGUGCGUGUGGAUCUCUAUAUGGUUAAUGGAAAGCACUGUGCUCUGAAGUGAAUCAUUCUCCAGUGUCUGGUAACAGAAGCAGUGCUUAGAAAAUUCUUUUGUUGAAAAGAGUUGCUGUUAUAUUAUUAUCAGAAUUUGCCAACCUAAAGAAUGAAUUUUUAAAUUCAUAACUUGGUCAUGUUCACAACAAAACUGUCAAAUAAGCAUAUUUCCAUUUUUAUUACUGAAAGAAAUAUGGGCAUUUUCAUUCUUUAAAGAAAUAAAGCACAAGAAUUUUA